AUGCUUCGAAACAUGUGGCCAAUAUCUAUUGUGAACCCUGACGAGAUCGUGCAGUACCCCGAACUGAUGCGGAGACUGGAUGAAUUCGCAAGGCAGAACCCCAAAAGCAGGACGAGCAAAGCUCUGAAAGCCAAAGAAAUAUCCUUGGAAGCCUUAGCCGAAGCCAUCAGUCAGACAUGCAGCUUUGCUGAACCCUCGUCACUGGAGAAUCCGAAAGGGCUCAGGCAGUGGGGUGACGAUGUCAGGCAGUGGUACCUGUCAGAGUUCCAAGCUGACAGACAAAGGCAGAUGGAGGCCAGAUCAUAUGAUGAUCAGGGCACCAAUGUGCAGACGAUUACCAUGAAGGUACUUGGGAUCCCUGCAUACUUUUCCAGACAGGUGGAAAACUUAUGCCUCAAGCUUGAAGAGCAAGGCUUGAUCGUAGAUCAGACGCAAGACAGCAGGAGCCUGAUCUUCAAGGCUCCCUUGAAGCCUGACCUUGUGCAGGCAGCGGAGAUCCCAGCAGUGAUCACAUUUGUCCGCAAUGAGGCGGCUGAGAAACUCUGGAAAGGAGAAGGUACCUUCAAGGUGGCAGGCAGGAGGAUUCUAGCAGUGAACCCAGCAGCCAACCCACCGAUCUCGUUCAAGAUGCGGCCAAAGAAGGAGAACAUGGGCAGAGUUGGAAUCCUAGCUGAGGUGGCCCAACUCCUGAUGCUCAACGAUUCGAGCACAGGUGACAUAUGUGAGAUCUACAGCCAGCUAUGCCUGAAGCAGGGAUUAGCGAUCAUUGAUCUGAUCCCAAACGCGGGAAUGACAGUGAACCUCCCCCCCAAGAGGAACCUGCCGCCAAAGAAGGUGUUCGCUGCGGUAGGAAUAGAAACAGUCAACCAGAACAGAGAGGUCGACUGGAUCGCAACGUGCCCGAGCCUUGAAGCAGCGGACAUCGUUCUUCAAGCAUUCGAUAGACAUGGAAAGGAUCGUGCAGGAGUCACUUUGGGACUGGUCUCAGAGAAUGACAAAAUACUGAAAUGGUUCUCAGUGCAGAUGGAAGCAACGGCGCUGCACAAGAAUAUGAAGAAUGCGGUGCGACAAGAGGGCACGGCAAUGGCAACGGGAGCAGAGAUGCUGUACUCAGUGCAAAUCUCCUCUCCUGUGCCGUCAGGGAAGUUCUCCCGAAAUGAGAUUGAAAAAAUCUGCGCAAGUGAUGAAACGGGCAGAGCAAAAGUCAUCCGAAACAUCCGGAGGGCUGUUGCUUGCUGGGAUCCACAGGUGGAAAAAGAUCUCCAACGGAUCCACCUCCAAUGCGAUCCAGAAACGGGGAUCUGGGAUGGGUCUGGUAUCAUUCUCCGGCUACGAAAUGAAAGUAGUGCAAGAAAGAUGAUGGCUGAAUUCCCCACACAGCUCCUCUGCUGGCAAGGCACAGUUGAAAUCCAAACGACAGCGAGCAGUCUGAACCUCCAAGUGUCGCCUCAGGCAACUCGCGAUCAGUCUAACCCUGAGGCCAGGUCACAAGCGACGGGGACCAGAGCAGAAGGAACGGUGUGGAAAGAGAUUGAGCUCAGUUCCAUUAUCAAUGAAACCAACCUCCCAGAUGCGGGAACGGACGUGGUCGUCGAAGAACUUAAGGAAGCUAUUGCUGACGUAAGUAGGAGCGAGCUGCAACAGCAAGGGCAGCUUCAACUCCAUCUUGAUGACGCGGUGCAAGAGAUGGCUCCGGAGAGCCCAGGAAAUGCAUCCUUCCCCACGCUGCAAGAGUGGGCUGAUAAGGGUGCCAACGAGGCAGAGAAUGCCAUGAGCAAGCGACUGCGAGAUCGAGUCAGGGUGAUCGCAGGCAAGCAUACGUGGAAGGUAGCGAAGCGCAAGAACAGCGCUUUCGCACCAAAUGAAGAGAAGCCAUUGAAAACUGACCUUCUCUUCAUUGCUUUGAAUAAAUUCCUGGAGGAAACGGCGCUCUCCCUCGUAGGAAUGCUGGGAGAUAGAAACGAAUUGAAACUUGUUUUGAGCAGUGAGAUACAGAUGGAAGACGCGCGAGUGGAAGAUGCACCCGAGGCAGGGAGCAAAGCGGUAGAAGUGGAAGAGAUGUCGCUUGACUCCUCCCCAACCGCGCCGCUUGACGCCUAA